AAAACGAAACGUGCAUUUACUGACGGGUGCUGGAGAGAGGUUUUUUUCCCAAGUCUUUGAUAGAGGGACGGAGAGGGGGUUUCUACGAGGACACACGUUUACAAACUGAUUAAUCAAAAUCAAAAGAAUCGCCUGUAUUUCUUGCUAUUAUUAUUUAUUCGCGAGUGUAGCCUUCGUCGGCUCUUACAUGUGCAAGCAAUUGAUCUAUUAAGACUACAGUACUCGCAUUAAAGAUUAUCCAAAACCUACCCCAAGCUGAUAACAUUUCGCGCUAUUAAAUAUAACCGCACUAGUAAUUGAAGCUCCUACGUAUUAACCGUUCGGACCCUUGAUGAAUCUUUUAAGACACGGACGUCGACGUAAGCUGCCUUUGACGACGCCUGCUCAGAGGUGCGAUGUAAAAUAAAGAUUGAAUUAACUCGAUUGUUUUUCUGCUAUGGUUGGUCGAAAGUAUUAAUUUGUAGUGUUGUUCGCACAGCACGUCGCCGCCUCCGUUUCCUGUUUUAUCGGCAAAACAGAUGGGAGUCAUGGGUGUCAGUUGAGAUUCAUCAGUUCAGGUUUGACAUUAAGUAUUCCCUAGUCCAUUUAACGUUUCCUAAAAAGUUAUUCAUGCACGAGAUGUGUUGUUGACUGAGUAAAGGAAUACAUAAACGGGGAGUACAAGUCAGACUAAUUAAGAGAAAAUUGCCUAGCGACAUUUUGGUGGCCACCGUGUUCAGAUUUCUCAAAGUGAAUUUCCACUACAGUAUCUCGUCAUGUCUUACGAAUUUCCUUUAACAUUCCCAAAUCUUUGUGGGACUGGUACCCUCUCCUAGGCUGUUUCCUUCCAUGUGUCAGGCGUUGCAUUGAUGGUUUUUGACGCCCUGCAAGUCUUACUGCUGGUUUGAGAAUGUUCAUGUUGGAUAAUGGAUGGAUGUUUAUUAUCUUACAUGUAUGAACUGCAUUUUGGCAGUGGUAGGAAACUGGAGUGUCCAUCACAGAGAUACAGGAAGAAUUAACAUAGUUCACACUGACAGCAGCUGGGAUGAGGUUUGAUCAUAGGACAUUGAAUCCACGAAAUGAAGCACAAAGCACUGAUAUGCCCACAUGCAUCAGGGCUGUUUUAAAAUAUAUUGUUCAUGUGUUUUAAUUCCCAGGUUUGAAAUUAAGAAUGAAACACUGCCUAUCAUUUAUAAGCUGUCGUCUCUUCAAGAUUCAUGUCUUUCAACGUGCCACAAAGAUGCAAAGCCUGUGGCCUCUGAGGCAUUAUUAUCAGCUUCCAUACAAAUGGCCUGCAGGCUUUCCUUUUGGCUUGCUAAAACAACCAAGAAGACACUGUCAUCAUGAACUCUUGGAUGUAUUACAACAAGAUGGUGUUAAAAGGUACAUAGAUAGUUUAAUCAGAGAACACAGGCAGGUUACCCAGAAUCUAAAUUACAGUGCCUUAAAUGAAGCUGAGCGGAGAACACUCAACAGGAGACAGAUUGAGCUGUCACCCACAGUCACAGUUUUUCAAGAGACUGAAUGCUUGCUCAAAGACCUCAAGGAAGUAGAGGUUAUCCUUCAAAGUGCAGAGAAAGCAGAAGACAGACAAAUGAUUGAUCUUGCAAAAGAUGAAUGGGAAAAAAUCAAAAGGCAGAUUGAAUCACUCCAGAGAACACUGCUGCAGAGCUUGAUUCCUCAAGAAAAACAUGACAACUGUGAUGUGAUUCUGGAGGUGGUCUCUGGAAGAACUACAGGAGGAGAUAUAUGCCAACAGUUUACUAAAGAAAUAUUUGAAAUGUAUCAGAAAUUUGCUGACUUCAAACAGUGGACUUUUGAAAUAUUAAACAUCAGUCCUGCAGAAUAUGGGGGGCUACAUCAUGCUGCCGCUCGUAUUUCUGGCGAGAGUGUCUACAAGCAUUUAAAAUUUGAAGGCGGAAUUCAUCGAGUGCAAAGAAUUCCUGAGACGGGUCUAUCCUCUCGAAUGCAACGCAUUCAUACGGGAACCAUGACUGUCAUUGUAUUACCACAGCCAGAAGAGGUAGACAUAAAAAUAGAUCCAAAGGAUUUAAGAAUUGACACCUUCAGAGCAAAGGGAGCAGGUGGGCAGAGUGUAAAUACAACAGACAGUGCCGUUAGAGUGAUUCAUAUUCCUACAGGGAAAUUUCCAGGAACAGCUGGCUUUAUCUGGGGCAAGUCAGAAUCAGUUCCAUUGAUGCUGGGGCAGACAAGUUACUUUUGUAGUUGACGUUGGUUAAAUCUGGAAACAAUAACAACACCUGACAAAAAAGGUGUAUACACAUCUUGAACCAAGAUACUGAACAUUAUUUUUAGAUAAUUUUCCUAAAAAUGGCAAUUGUGAGACCAGCUAUGUUGUAUGGUUAGGAGACAGUGGCACUAACGAAAAGACAAGAGGCAGAGCUGGAAGUGGUAGAGUUGAAGAUGCUAUGAUUUUCAUUCAGAGUAAAGAGGGUACACAGGAUUAGGAAUGAGUAUAUUAGGGGGACAUCAUGACAGUUUGGUGACAAACUGAGAGAGACUAGAUUGAGAUGGUUUGAGCUUGUGCAGAGGAGAGAUGAGGGGUACAUUGGGAAAAGGUGGAACUGCCAUGCUAGAGGAAAAGAGGAAGGCCAAAGAGAAGGUUUAUGGAUGCAUUGAGGGAAGACAUGAAGGCAGUUGGUGUAGCAGAAAAUGAUGUAAAAGACAGGGAUAGAUGAAGACAGAUGAUCCCUAAAUGGGAGCAGCUGAAAGAAGAAGAAGAAGACAAGAUCUUGUUAAAGGAUAGAAAAGAUCUGACAUGACAUGCUCUGAUGCCAGCCUUUACGUGAAGAAAAUUUGCAAGUUCAUUGUAGGCUGUGUAACGUUUUAGUAUAUAGAAUGCAUGCCAUUUUUUACAAUUGCAGUGCAUUCAUGUUACAGAUAUCUAUCACAAAUGUUACUAAAUCACAUAGCAAUUAUCAGAAAGUGGCAAUGACUGCAGAAGGUUCUGCUUUGUGUUUUAGAUAUGUAUUAAAUUGUUGCAAAUUGAAUUAAUAAAAACUAGAAGAGACAGAAUUGCCUCAUAUAGUACAUACAGUAUAUUAACAAAAUUGUAUAACCUAUUUAGAAUUAUGGUGGCCAGAGCCUAUGUUAGCAACACUAACAAACCAGGAAAUAACCAUAGCCAGAACACCAGUCUAGUACUGGAUAUACACAAACUUACUCAUACUGGGGCCAACUAGGUUGGCACCAAGUGAUCCAACCUUCACACCAUUUUGAAUUGGUGAGGAAAAUCCACAGACACAGAAAGAAUGGACAGUAAUGGAGGGCAGCAUUUGAACCCAGUGUACUGAAUCCAUGCGCCAUUAGUGCUAACCACUACACCACCAUAUGCUGACUGCCUUGUAAUUGACAAUAAAGAAAGUUCAUGAAGUCCAAAAUGUAUAUAAUGUGAUAAAGUUUAGCUACAGAAAAACUUAAUAAUUGAUUUGAUGCCUACUUUUUAUGGCACUGAAGUGUUGAAGACAAGGAGAAGUGGGGGAAGAAAUACAGAUGGAAGUUUGUAAAAGGAGGAUUGUAGAGUGGGCCAGGCAUGUGGGAGAGAUGAGAAACGUUGUAUGUGUUUUGUGUAAGUCAUAAAUACUUAAAAUCUUAAAUCCAUGUGAUCUGUAAUCACACAUAAAGGGAAUAUAACAAAUAUAGAUGUUGUUUUUGCCUAUACUGUAUCUAGAUUUGCCCAUACAAUUAAAACUAAUUUUUCUUUUGAAAAUCAGAGUAUCAAUUUAAUGGCACUACAAAUAUUGGUUUUGACCCAUUCUGUACAACAGAAAUUAUAUACUAUCUAAGUGACAAUUAUUAUGGUACCUUCAAAUAAGAAGAAUAACGGUUUGGGCAUUACGUAAAGAAUAUGUAAUGUGUGCUGUGCCAGAAGUGCCACACAUAGCUGCCAUAACAGUGAAGCCCAGAUUGUUGGAUUCUACCUUAGUGAGUCUGUGUCAGUUCUAUGAAUGUGUUUUUUUCCUAUAAGUGUGUUACCAAGAUUACCAUUUGAAAUGCUGUGACAUUGAUAAUAUGUUCUGAUGACAGAUACAAACUCCUAGAAGUUAUGGACAUCCAUUAAAAAUAAACUGUCAAGUUUA